AUGCGUUUGUUAACGGGUUGUUUGGUGUUCUUCUUGUUGUGCAUUCCGUUUAUUUCUUGUUAUGACGACGACGACGACAAUGACAAUGGUGCUGAAGAAAUUAUCCCAGAAGCAUCAACUGCUACGUCCGCUCCGUUGAUCGAAAAAGGGAAUGUGCCAGUGAUCAAAUCAGCAUCUAAUAGUAUUUAUUUUGAAGAUCAGUUUCAAGAGAAAUCGAAGUGGUCUCGUUGGGUUAAAUCACAAGCAAAAAAAGAUGGUGUCGAUGACACUUUAGCAAAAUAUGAUGGGGAAUGGGGAUUUGAAAUACCCGUAACAGCUGUCUAUACAGAUGAUUAUAGUUUAAUAUUAAAAUCAAAAGCAAAACAUCAUGCAAUAGCAGCUCCAUUAUUCAAACCAUUUGAUUUUCAAACAAGUCCACUUGUUGUCCAAUAUGAAGUCAAAUAUCAAACAAAUCAAGAAUGUGGAGGUGCCUAUGUAAAAUUAUUGUCAGAUAGUGGAAAAAUUGAUCUGAAACAAGUUACUGAUAAAACACCUUAUACAAUCAUGUUCGGACCGGAUAUGUGUGGAGUUGAAAUGAAAUAUCAUUUUAUUAUUCGUUAUCGCAAUCCGAAAACUGGUGUCUAUUCAGAACAUCAAGCGAAAAAACCAAGCGAAUCUCUUGAUACAUAUUUUACAGAUAAAAAAUCACAUCUCUAUACAUUAGUUUUAUCGGCUGAUAAUAGUUUCAAAAUGUAUAUUGAUAAUAAAUUGAUAAAUUCUGGAAAUCUUUUGGAAGACAUGGAACCAGCAAUUACUCCGGCGAAGGAAAUUAUUGAUGAAAACGAUUCUAAACCAUCUGAUUGGGAUGACCGAGAACGAAUUCCCGAUUCAACUGCGUUCAAACCCGAAGACUGGGAUGAAACCGAACCAAAACAAAUUGUAGAUGAAGGGGCAACAAUACCAAGCGGUUGGUUAGAAAAUGAAUCUACAACUAUUCCUGACCCAGACGCUGUUAAACCCGACGAUUGGGAUGAUGAUGUGGACGGCGAUUGGGAACCACCUCGAUUAGAUAAUCCACUUUGUAAAAACGCUGUUGGUUGUGGACCGUGGACUGCACCAUUGAUACCAAAUCCAAAAUAUAAAGGAACAUGGCGAGCACCUUUAAUAGACAAUCCAAACUAUAAAGGAAAAUGGGAAGCACGCAAAAUUCCAAAUCCCGAUUAUUUCGAAGAUGCUCAUCCAUACAAAUUGACACCGUUUAGUGCUGUUGCUCUUGAAUUAUGGUCAAUCAUUGAUGGCGUUGUUUUUGAUAAUUUUCUAAUUACAUCUGAUCAAUCAUUAGCAAAACAAUACGGUGAUACGUUGUGGUAUCCAAAGAGUUCAUUAGAAGGCAAAACAUCAUCGUCAAGCGAAAGUGUUGUCGAAGCAUUGAUGAAUGCUACAAAAGACCGUCCAUGGUUAUGGGCAUUGUAUCUCGUUGUUAUCGUUUUGCCCAUUAUCAUCUUAAUUGCAUUUUUUUGGUCAAGAAAAUCGAAAAAAUCACCCAUAAGUGAUAUGAAUGCACGAAAGAAGAAAACAGAUGAUGCAACACUAGAUGAUGUUGAACAAGAGUCAUCUGAACGAACAACAAGUGAGUUAAGAACAUCAAAAACGUCUCAACGUAAUGUUGAAGAUCAAGAGGAUGACAAUGACUCAGACGAUAAAGAAACGCAAGGUCAAACAAGUGCAACAAGAGCGAAAAAAAAUGUUGAACAAAGAUCAACAACACAACAACAACGAACAGGAAAAGGUUCAUUAGAAAAGGAUACCGCAGACGAUGAUGAAGAAGAAAAUGAUGGCAAUGAGCAGAAAAAGAGUGAUGCUGAAUAUAGUGGUGAAGAAACGAAACAAUCUUCGGCACCCUCCUCACCAUCAGCGACUAAAGCUCGACUACGUGUUCGAAAAGAUUAA